UAUAAAGUUUCAUAGUUGUGAAACUACUCUCUCUCCCAUAUCCCAUUGAUACCAAAAUGGAUCGACCCGGAUUCACAAUCGAACCCACCAAAUCCAAAUCCAUGGCGGAAGCUUCAUCCCUCACUCUCACCGAACUCCUCCCUUCCCUCAUCAACUCCGCCCAAUCCCUCGCCCGCCCACCCAUCUCCAACUUCCGUGUCGCCGCUGUCGGAACAUCACAAUCGGGUCGGAUCUAUAUCGGAGUCAACGUCGAAUUCCCAGGUCUCCCUCUUCAUCACUCCAUCCACGCCGAACAGUUUCUCCUCACAAAUCUCUCUCUCAACAAUGAGCCAAAUCUCCAGUCCUUCGCCGUCUCCGCCGCACCCUGUGGCCACUGCCGACAGUUUCUCCAAGAACUCCGCGGAGCACCCGACAUUCAAAUCAUCGUAACCUCGGAACCCGACCCGAAACCCACUCCGCUGUCUCGGUUUCUCCCAUACAGAUUCGGUCCACACGAUCUUCUCUCUCAACAAACUCCUCUUUUCUUGGAGCCACGUAACAACGGGUUAACACUGCUUCCAUUACCAACACAGAAACUACCCAAUGGCGUUUGCAACGGUGACACUAUAGAUAUGAAGUUAAAGAUUGCAGCUUUGGAGGCAGCGAAUAAAUCACACGCUCCUUACAGUAAUUCACCAUCUGGGGUGGCGAUUGUUGAUUGUAAUGGAAAAAUCUAUAAAGGUUCUUAUGUUGAAUCGGCGGCGUUUAAUCCUAGUUUGGGUCCUCUUCAGGCUGCGGUGGUGGCGUUUAUUGCCGGCGGUGGAGGUGAGUAUGAUGAGAUAGUGGGUGCCGUGUUGGUGGAGAAGAAUGGAGCUGUGGUGAAACAAGAGGGGACUGUUAGGUUAUUGAUGGAAGCUAUUUCUCCUAAGUGUGAGUUGCAGACUUUUCUCUGUUACGUUGAUCAUCAGUCUUCGAUUUGAUUGUAGCAAUGGAAGAAAAAAAAAGACAGAAAAAGAAUCAUGAUUAUGAAUGAUGAUACCUUGUUGUUUGUUCUGUCUUUGAUGUUUUGCUUUGUUUGAAAGAAAGUUUAAACAAGAUGGGUAAUGGAGUUCACUAGGGUGAGUCAAAACUCAAGAUUCAAACAUUUACAACAAGAGGUUUACAUCUAUGUCUGCGGGUGACGAUGACUAGCUGCAUAAGUCUUGGUUCGAAUGCAGCCCGUGUUGCUGGGAAUUUCAGGUGACUUGAAGGUUGAUGUUAGCAUGAGCGGAAACUACGACUUACACUUGGAAAACAUGGCUGUUUGUAGACUUGAUGGUCAAGAUGCGGUUUUGUGAAUCAUGGGUCGAAUUGCGAUUUGGACAUUGCGAACCCGCCGUGAGUAAGUGAGUUUUGUUAAAAGAGGGAGCUCUUAUUUGUAUUGUGUUAAAAAAUGUAGAUGGAAUUUAGAAAUGAUUGUAAUCUUUUUUUUUUGGGACUGCUAUGAGUUUUCUGCUACAAGUUGCUGUUGGUGCCAUGUUCUUUAUUGUUUGUUGCAGGUUGUGGAUGAGGUUGCAAGCAUGUUGAUUGCAGGUUGCACUGGUUUAUUGCAGCAAGAUUAUUGAUGUUGCAUGUUGCAAGGUCUGUUGUGGCAUUGAUGAUGGUCCAAUGCAGGAUGGUUUUAUGGGGAACUUCCAUACAGAUUGAGCAGAUGAAAGAUAUUGGGUUUCCCUGUGACCUCGAGUCCGGGACUUGCACCGCAUCUUACCAACUUAGCCGUUUUAAAAUUGAACCUGGAACUUCUCUAGAGCAACGAAUUUGAUGGUCCUCACUACACUCUCGAUUUAGAAUUCUUGCAGCAUUUGGUAUCUUGUGAAGUAUAUCAUGAUCUGCUGCCCUCAUUCUAUACCAACAGGAGCCAUUCACAUUAAAUGUUGAUACAGUUUUGCGGUCUUCUGCUACCAAAAGUCCAAGCAAGAACAAGAAUCAUGCUUAAAGUGAUGAAAGCGAUGGCGGUCCCUCACGACAAUCUCAUGAUCAAAGGCUUUGGAGAUUAGCUUUACUAUGGUUUUUUACUUGGAAUGUGAGUUUGAGAAUUUGUCAUGGCAAGCUGUAGCAUGAGGCAGGGUGCGCACAUGGCUGGAGAAUGGUGAGCCAAAAUUUUCCUUUGCUGACUGCAUGAUGUUGUUGAUGCCAAUAAGCUCAACACUUUCUACUCCAAGAAUACGGUCAAAUUCCCUCUCGUCGUGCAUCUCAACAAGGGCGGCCAAUCCAAGUAAUUUGCAUAUUUUAACCAUGUUCUUGAUGUCAAGAUCAGGUAAAACAGCGGCAAUUAGAAGGACUGCAUCUGCUCCUUUAGAUUGAUCAUAGUAGAGUUGCCAAGCAUCUAUGAUGAAUUCUUUGCACAAUAAAGGGCACUUUACUCCAGCAUUUCUUAUUAACUCAAGAUUUUCAAAGCUCCUUGAAGUAUUUUCAUCUGUCAAAACACUUAGACAUGCUGCUCCACCUUAGGAUGUUUCAUUGUUGGAGUGGUUUUUUGUAAAAUGGUUAGAUUAUAUGUAAUUGAAAGUGAGUGAAAAUUUGAAUGGUUUAUGUAAUAUGGUAUGGAAUCAAAUUACAGGAAAUUUGGGAAAA